AUGACGUCACUAUUACGGACACCCGCUCAGUUGGUGCUACUCGUCUUUUGCGCACUUUGUUUGCAGUCCACCACGCAUAGCUUCGAUUUUUUAAGACGCCUCCGACAAAAGAAAACCGAUCGACUAUGGACUCACCUCAUCGGGCAGAAGACUAUGGACGAUCUGCAUGAAGCCGAGAAAGGCAAUGUUCUCAUAACUGAUUUGGAUCGCAACAUGCGUCAGCUCUUCGUUGAUGUGCGUCGCUAUUCUAUGAAACGUGCAAAUGAGGAUAUGGAAAAGAUCUACGAACAGAAUUUGGCCGAAGGCAAAAUGCAACCCGUCAUACCGCCAACACAACCAUUUCCUUGUGAUCUCAGCUAUGCGCGUUCCACAUUCCCACCGACCUCGGUGCAUCAGCUGCGACCGGGCGAUAUUGAUGUGAUUGCCUCCGUUGGUGAUUCGCUUUCCGCGGGCAAUGGCAUAAUGUCCGUGGGUGUGGUGGACAUUAUGAAUGAGUAUCGCGCAUUCUCCUUCUCCGGUGGUGGUUAUGGCGAUUGGCGCACUUAUCUAACCUUACCGAAUAUAUUGCGAGUAUUCAAUCCAAAUCUCUAUGGCUACUCCACCGAAAAUGAAUUGACUAUAGACAGUACAUCGCACUUGAAUAUCGCCGAACCGAUGAUCAUGUCACGAGAUCUGCCAUUCCAAGCAAGCAUACUUAUCGAUCGAUUGCGUCAGAAUCCGAAUGUGAAUAUGGAGAACCAUUGGAAACUACUCACCAUAUUCGUGGGUAACAAUGACAUUUGCUCCGACAUGUGCCACCAUGAUAAUAUGACCGAUUUUCUGUACCGUCAUGAGAUCGAUAUGCGCCGUACACUCACUUUGUUGCGCGAUAAUGUGCCACGUUUGCUGGUCAAUAUAAUAACCGUACCCAAUAUGGUGGUGUCAAUUUAUCCGAUGCGCAAUGCGCCGUUUCGAUGUUUUGUUGUCCAUCAUCUUGGCUGUCAUUGUGUUUUCAGCCAUGCCGUAGGUGAGCGAGAGUUACAUCGAGCCUAUGAUUAUAUCAAGAAAUGGCAAGAGGUGGAUCAGUAUAUUGCGCAGUUGCCAGAGUUUCAAACAAAUGACUUCGCUGUGGUCUAUCAGCCGUUCCUGUCGCAUGUAAGCACACCAACGAAGGAGAAUGGUGAAACAGAUUAUCGUUACUUUGCAAGCGAUUGCUUCCACUUCAGUCAGUUCGGACACGCGUCCAUGGCGAAUUCAUUGUGGAACAACAUGUUGCAGCCACUGGGUCAAAAAAGGCAGGAUAUGGUGCCGGCAUUCAGCGAAAUCGAGUGUCCCAAUGAGCAGCAUCCGUUUAUAGCAACGCUCUACAACAGCUGGCAAAGGAAGUAA